UCCGCACGGUGGACGCGGUGGUCUCAGCGCAGCGUCCUGCUUCGGGAGAGCGACACUUUCAACCAGCGACCCGGAGCCCCGAGGCGCCCUCCGUGGAUUAAAAACGGGAACUUUUCGCCAUGGCUCUGAGCGGGGAAAAGUAGCGAGCACGCUCAGCCGCCGCCUCCCGCCUCCCGCCGCCUGCUGCUGCUGCUGCUGCCGCUGCCGCUGCCGCCGCCGGAGCUCCGCACUGCAAAGCAACAACUCCCGGUUCAGAUGCACGGCCACUGAGAAAAAAUAUGCUCCAGCCGAGUCGCCUCAGCACCGGCUUCACAUCUCCCGUGUUUUAACCCGCUCCGCUGAGACUCUCUCCGGAACCACUUCGAUUUUAUUUAAUUUUAUUUUUUUUAACCUCUGAAGUCCGCUGUUCAAGUCCCCUUUCCUACCUUCCUUCCUUCCUUCCCUCCCUCCUCGGACCACCUGCGAGAGAGAAAUUAUGGCAGGGAAGCUGACAGCAGCGCAGGGCACGGGAAUACUGCUGGUCACAGCCAACGUUGGAUCUCUAUUCGAAGAUCCUGAACACCUAGAGAAAAUAUGGCUAAGGGAGUUUUACCAGACGGUGCAGACACACAGGCCUCACUUCGUGGCGGUGCACUGUCAGGAGGUGGGGGGGAAAAACUACGAGGCGUCCAUGUCGCACGUGGACAGCUUCGUCACAGAGCUGCUGUCCAGUGAUGCCAUGAAGGAGUACAGCAGAGCCCGCGUCUACCUCGAUGAGAACUACAAGUCCCAGGAGCACUUCACAGCUCUGGGAAGUUUCUACUUUAUCCACGAGUCUUUGAAAAACAUCCAGCAGUUUGAUUUCAAAGCCAAGAAGUUCAGGAAGGUGGUGGGGAAGGAAACCUGGUCGGAGACACUAGAAAGCACUCCUACGGUGGAGAAGGAGAAGUUCCCACAAGACUACUAUCCAGAGUCCAAGUGGUCCAGAAAGGGAUUCAUCAGAACUCGAUGGGCCCUGGCUGACUGUGCCUUCGAUCUGGUCAACAUCCACCUUUUCCACGACGCUUCCAACCUUGUGGCCUGGGAGAAAAGCCCCUCGAUCUAUUCCAGGAGCAGGCAGAGGGCUCUGCAGUUCGUUUUAGACAGGAUCACGGACGACCGGUAUGAGAGGUUGCCAUACUUCGUCUUUGGGGACUUUAACUUCAGGUUGGACUCUAAGCCAGUUAUUCAGAGUCGACUCUGCCCUGCUUGCAACCUGCAGGUUUCCAGAUCGGACGACACCAAUCAACUUAGCAAGCUAACAUUCCGCGAGUUUGGCAAUGACCAGAAGCUUAUUCUUCAAGUUGAAAAGAAGCUUUUUAAUUAUGUCAACCAGGACAUUUUCCGGGAAGACAAUGGGACCUCGCUUUUAGAGUUUGACAAUGAGCUGUCGGUGUUCAGGGGUCAGCUGCAUGAACUGGAAAUCGCCUUCCCACCCAGUUAUCCAUACAGCGAAGACAGCAAUCAGGGGAGAGAGUAUAUGAACACCAGAUUGCCCGCCUGGUGCGACCGAAUCCUCAUGUCUCCCUCUGCCAGGGACAUGGUCAUAAAGCCUGAAAAUGAAGAGAAGUCUAUAGUCUAUGAUAACAUCGGGCCCAAUGUCUGCAUGGGGGACCACAAGCCUGUCUUCCUGUCCUUCCGAAUAACAGCGGGGGCAGGUAAACCUAAUGCAAAUAAGCACAAGUGUUGUGUGGUGCAGUGAUGUCGUGGGAAGUGUUGCCAAAGGGGGGAGAACAUAUUCCGUGAAGCGCCUCUGUGAGAACACAGCAGAAACAACGCACACGCACACACACACACACACACACACACACACACACACACUUUGCACAAGCAUACACUGAAGACGAAGUCUUUCAGCAGUGCUGACCAGUUGCAGUAGUCCGGACACCUCCUCCUCCUCCUCCUCCUCCUCCUCCUCCUCUUCCUCCUCCUUCCCACCGCUUUCUCCCUCCAUAAAACACUUGUUGAGAUGUGGACGAGGGCCGAGACGACACACACAUCGCUGACCUCACCGUUUCCAUGCAACCCCAUUCCCGAGAGAAAGAGGAGAAAGAAAAAAGAAAAAAAAAACAGAAAGAGAGAGAUAAAGGUUGGACUCUUUUCCACACCACAGCCUCAUUUUGCCAAAACUCUAAGUGAAACCAGUCCUACUACACUUUUAGACGCUGUGUUUUGUUUUGUUUUUUGUUUUUUUGUUUUUUAGGUAUGCCUCUGUGUAUAGGAGCUACUUUCCAUACAGUAUGUAAGAUGUUUUAAAAAAAAAUUUGAAAAAAACAGAAAAGUGCAAUGCAAAAAAAGAUGUAUAUCUAUAUAUUGUUAGAUUUAUUUGUACAUUGGACAGUAUAAGUUAGAGCCGUGGAUGGAUUUCGUGCCGUUCUCUCUUCGGUGGGACCAAAGUUUUCGGUCCCUUUGUUGGAAUAGAUAGAACUUCAUUUAUUUCAACACUAUAUAUAAAUAGAUCUAAAUGUGUGUGUGUGUGUGUAAACCAGGCGCUGGACGUGAGGAAAUCAGUGUGUUGGGAGAUUAUUUCUCGCUGCAUUUGUGGGAUGAGCCACAGCUCAUGUAAAUCUUUUGUUAAAUUAUCCAGACAAAUGCACAAUCUUUUUAACUUCUGAGUAACUUUACAGAUUACUGAACGACACUCUGCUGCUCAUCCCACAAAUGAUAGAAAUACAUGAGAGCGAAGAAAACAUUUCAGGCGAAGCGUCUGAAUUCGACGCUGUCAUGGAAAUUAUUAACAGAGUAACAGUUUUGAUUCUUGAGAGGAAAACGGGCGGCGAUGUUGUUCAAUAUCAAAUCUUCUGAUUAGUUUGCGUUUAACGCGUGUUGGAUUUGAAGCCACACACCGAGCUCAUCCCCCAGAUGCAGGCCGGAUUCGAGAAACGUGGAAGCAGUUUUAAAUCUUGAAAAGACGAAUUUUUACUUUUUAUAUUGUUGUAUCAGUUUUCUGUAUUAAAAGAAGAACGUUGUCUUCUUUUAUCCUCACCACCGGAGGUGAAUUUUAUUCACUUGAUUUCUUUUAUUAAUAGUAUCAUGAUAGAUUCCUGAGCCGCAGAGGAUUGAGGAAGUUUUGAACGGACGCAGCUCAGCAGACCGAGCUCCGCCGCUCAUCCCACAAAUGCAUGUCUCCUCACUAACGCUGAAAUGAGAAGCGGCUUUGUUCCAACAGAGAAAACAGAAGAGAGAGGAAAAAAAAAAAAAAAAGAAACCUCCCAAACACUGGUUUCCCUGCGUCCUCCUGCUCCGUUUAUAUAUCUGUACGCGAGUUUGGUUUGGAGUUGUGUGCACACCGUUGGCCCGCCACACGGGCCCAGGCUGGUUUUAUAUACUGUACUUUUAAAAAAAAAAAAAGAGAGAUAAUUUAUGAUUCUUACCAAAAUGUGGAUGCUGGAGUGCGCAGGGUGGGGGGGUAUAGGGGUGGGGUGGGGUGGGGGGUUUCCUGGAGCCACAGUGACCUUUAGAAUAAGUGCGAGACAGAGAAGCUGUUCAGUGAUUUAUCGCCUAUCCCAGAAUGUUUUCAAGCCGUGCCAUAGACCAUGCAAGUAUCUAAGAUAACGUCUCAUAUAUAGCACUCUCACGUUAUGUCAUUAUUAUUCUUACUCUAACUUAUUUCUAUGAUAUUAUGUUUCUGAAUGUGAUAUUUUAGAUAGGCUUGGGUGUCCUUAAGAAAUGUAAACCGUUUUGUUUUUGUCUUUAUUUUUGUUACUGCAUCAUGGUGCCAAGUAUCUACACAGACGACAAAGUGUGUAAGAGUUUAAAAAUACUUAAAGUGGGUCGGUUAAGGUGUAAAAAAUAAGAAACUCUAAAUGCUUUUCUUUUUGGGGAGGGGAGAGAUGGUUUUGUUUUGUUUUUUUUUUCAUUUGUUUUGUUUGAAUCUGUUGUGUAUGUAGCCUUCAGCAGCGUGGCAGCAUUACAGAGGCCAUGGGUUUGAUUCUCCACACUACAGCCGUCACGUUGAUCCUCUGUUUGACUUCUCUCUCAGUCUGAAUCACCGCCGCUGGAAAUGAUUUUGUGCCUGCCGCAGAAUUUAUGUCGUCUUGUGUGAUUUGGGUUCUGUAGGUGAAAAAGAAAAAACAAAAAGUUUUGAAAACAGAAGCAGCACUGCUUGUUUUUGUUCCUGCUGGUCAUUGUGAGUAAAUACUGUAGAAAUAUAAGCUGCAGUUUAUUUCUUCACUCCAUCUUAUUCCAAAAUAAAUAAAUAAA